AUGGAGGCAGAAGAAGAAUUGCAUUAUGAAGGGGAGGGCCCCAUGGGUCAAGACUGUGCAGAAAGGCAGCAUGGGUCUCCUGCUGCUGCAGCUGCUGCAGAAGGAGAGGGGGGUAGAUUAGGGGGGUCGUUAGGGGGCCCCCAGGGGGCCCCUUGCGAGGAGCCAAUGGCAGCUGAAGAGGAGAUGAGGGGCCCCCGUGAUGGUGAGGCAGCAGAUGAAGGAGAGCAGCAGCAGCACCAACAGCAGCAGCAGCAGCAAGAGGAAAGGGAACGAGAUCGUAACGAGGAGAGGCAGCAAGACCAAGAAGAGCAGCAGCAGCAACAGCAGCAAAACUCGAGGAUAGCCUAUAAGGGAGAAGGAGGACCAGGAGGAAGAAGGACACAGCACCGUGUGCUAAUAGCCAACCUUGACGCGACAGUACAGUGGCAAGACCUAAAGGACUUCGGACGAAGAGCUGGGGAAGUCAACUUCGCGAAUGUCGUCUUUGCUGGAGGCCGCAAAUACGGGUAUAUAUUUAGCAGCAGCAGCAGCAACAGCAGCAGCAGCAGCAGCAACAGCAGCAGCAGCAACAGCAGCAGCAGCAGCAGCAACAGCAGCAGCAGUAGCAUUAGCAAUGAACACUUUAUCGAAUUAAAUGGUCAAAGAUUACGCUCGUUAAUUGUCUCCGUAAAAAGGGACAAAGGGGACUUUGAGGCCCUUUUGUUGGCUGGUGGAGGUGGGGGAAUAGGGGCUGGGGGGGGGCCCCCUCCCUCUCGUACCCCAUAUCGUCAAGGGGGGCCCCCUCAUCCUCAUCCACAUUUCUCAUCUUCUGCCAGAGGUGGAGGAGGGCCAGGAGGGCCACCUGGAGGGGGAGGUGGACCCCCACCAGGGGGCCCUCCCCCUGGUGGGCCCCCUGGUGGGGGGCCCCAUAUGCUAUCUUCUUAUUAUUGGGGACCCGGUAGUGAAUCCCCAGAGUUUAGGGGGAGAGAGGGGCCCCCUAGACAUUUUGACCCCUCCUUAAGAGGGGGGCCCCCCUUUGAUUAUCCUGAUAGAAGGGAUUAUGGGGUACUAGCACCUCCUCUUCGUGGUAGGGGCCCCCCACCACAUGCAGGGGGCCCCCCACCUCCAUACCCAUUAAGGCAUGAAGAAGAGAUGAGGGGACGAUUAAGAGGAAGUGCCGGAGGACAAGAAGGAGGAGGGUACGGUGCGGGAGGGCCCCCACCCUUAAGGUACCCUAGAGGGGGCCCACCUCCUGGGGGGCCCCCUCCUGGUGUUAUGGAACAAAGAGGAGGGUACAGAAGGGGAGGAUCUCUUGAGCCUGUAAGACCCCGCAGGAGAUCUGUCUCCUCUUCUCCGUCAUGGGGGGCAGGGGGGCCCCCUCAUGGAGGGGGGGCCCCCCCUCCUAUGCAUGCAGGGUAUAGGGAGCUUUGUACAAGGGAUAAUAGGGCAUUUCCUGCUGAUAGGGCAGCAGCACCUUGGGGUGGGGGGCCCCCCAGGGAAGGAGGGGCCCCCUAUAGAAGAGAGACCCCACGUCGUCCUGGUGCCGGUGGCACAAGCGGCAGACCCUAUACAAAUGGGGGCCCCUUAGAUGCAGUAGAAGAGGGAGGAGGAAGAGGAGGGGGCCCCCUAGGAGGAGGGGGGGCCCUCCCUCCUCCUUCGCAACAUACAAGAAUACCCAUAGCAGCAGGAAGGGGAGGGUCACCUAGGGGAUCAAGGGAAAUGAUGUACCCCCCUGCUGAGGAGGCAGGGGGAGGGGGGCCCCCGCCCUCACGUUUCUGUAUUGAUAGAGAAAGAGGGGGGCCCCCAAGGGGACCCCCUUCCCCGCCAAGAGGUAGGGGAGGACAUGGAGCCUACCGGGAGAUGGAUCGAUCCCGAUCCCGGUCACGAUCCCGAUCCCGUUCCCGAUCCUGGGAUCGACGACCCCACGCCGCCGACUAUAGAAGAAGAAGAGGGUCUCCUCCACACCCCUCAGGGGCCCCCCAUAUGAUGGGGGGGCCCCCUCCAGAUACAGAAAUGAGAGGGGGAAGGGGUACUGAGGGGCCCCUCCUUGUUGAAGGGUCAUGUCUCCCUACAGAUGCAAGAAGGAGACACAGGAGUAGGAGCCCAAGGGCCCCACCACCAAAGGGUGGUGGGGGGCCCCCUUAUAUGGGUGGGGGGGCCCCUCCUCCUUCGCACUCCCCCCAUGAUAGACACGUAAGGGGUAUUGUACCCAAUGGGCCCCUCAUGGGAGACGAUCGAUCCCGAUCCCGUCACAUAAGGGAUCGUCGUGAUGACAGUGGGGUCCCCCAGGGGGGCCCCGCAGGGGGCCCCCCACCCCCUGUACAUGAAGAGUACGGGUGGGGUACUAGUAGUAGAAGAGAAGUUAUGUGGGCAGGGCGACCCCAAGGGGGCCCCCAUGGUGGGGGCCCCCAUGGGGGCCCCCCACAUGCCCCUCAAGCGGGAGGGGGGCCGCCACGCCGCCGAGGGGACUCACCACCACCAGGGCAUAAGAGGCGGUUUGGUGGAGGGGGGCCCCUUGAUGAUUCUGUAGGGGGGGAUGGAGGGGGCCCCCCCUCCGGUGGUUAUGGGGAGGUAAGGGGACAAAGGAGACAGGUGUCUCCUGAUGGUCAUGGUGUACGUACAGCUGGGGUAAGAGGAGACAGAAGAGAUAACAGGGCAUGGGGAGGGGAAGGGGGCCCCUCUAUAUCCCUAAGGGGGCCCCAUCCUGCAAAUUAG